UCUACCACCUCCCAGUACUCAAACCUUCCGAGGACUCCGAGCCACGGUACCGCAACGUACUGCCCGGGUCAACCGAUUUUUCUAACGAUUUUGGCCCCAAAAUCGACCCGGUGCUCGAGAAAUCGAAAGGUAAGCAUUUUUCGAGCCCCCGCCUCAGCAUUUGGGGUCAAGACUAUUUUUUUACAACGUCUUACGAGAGUCGAUGACCAUACCGAUUAAUCGUUCGGAGAACAAACAAUAAUGACGCGAAACGGGCGUAACGUACUCUCGUACUGAAAUUUAUGCGUUUGUGUGUGAACAUGCGGAGGAACGGGGACUUAUCGGUUACAGUGAUCUCGGCGAAUUGCGUUAAUAGUCCGCUGGUGCGCAAGUAUAAUGGGUGUAUAGACGUACACAAGAGUUUCGAAGUGGCAUUGACACGAUUUUUCGAGCAAUCUGCAUCGGCUUCCGUUGCAAACGCCAUCCGCAACUCACGCUUUUACAAUAGAGCACACUCACCUCUGUACAACAAUGUAUACGUUGAGUUAUCACAUAACCGGGUGGAAAGAUCGUCGCUAUUAGUCCGAUCGGAGUCGGCUAUUUAUUUUUUUCGCGCCUUUAGAGUCUCGCGGUAUUUAAGGUGACGUCAGGAUUCAUCCUUAAGGGAUCACGUCACAGUGUGACCCUCCGAAAGAUCGCUGAUUUUUACCAUUUGCUUUAUGUUAGGAUAAGCUGGUGGGUCUGGUUUCUUUUAAUCGAGGCAGUGACGAAGAAUACAAAACGAUUUUUUGUAAGUUUAUUUAUUGUUUAAUAUUGUAAAAAAUUAUUGAAAAGUCCGGUUGAAUAAAAAGAUGCUGUGAGGUGUCGAAGAUUGCGGCCUUAAAUCAGGAAGAUUGUUAAUCUGUAGGAAAACCGCAUUUGGGCUGUGGAGGCUAUUUUGAAAUUUGUAAAAAUGCCGACGGUUUCGAACAAAGCGUACCGAAUUUAGCCUUUUUUCGACAGUUUUUCGUAGAAAAAAAUAGGAAGAUUAAAAAAUGAUAGAAAAUGACGUGAAGAAUGUUUUGGUAAUAUUUGAAAUGAAUAGCUUGAAAACUCUUCUUUUGAGAGUGGACACCGUUUUGAAAAACGCCAUUCCGAGAUGAACACGUUUAAAGUUUGGAGUGAGAUAUUUUCAGAUAAAUCGUUUACUUACGAUCGAUCGACGAUGCCAGAUCCAUACAAUGUUCCUUCUACUUUCUCAAUUUGCUUUUUCGCUUUCUUCAAUUGAACCAAUUCUUUUUGUCACGCUCCGUUCUCUUUUUCUAAGAAUUUUCGAUUUAAAAAUUUGAGAGAAUGUUUAAAGCAGUGAUCUGAUAAUGCAAAAAGAAACGAUGUUUUUAAAAUUUCACAUUGCGAUGACCCCUUAAUGGUACCGAUAAGCAUCGAGAGUAUUUUCAGAAUUCAAAUCCUUAUAAGGGUUUGGACGCCUCGCUUCGUUGACGCGAAAGACUCGGGGUCGCCGCCACCUGACGGAGGUAAUUGGAACUAAGCCCUAAUUUCGCUUCCGCGGUUCAAGGGAGGUGAAAAAAUUUCAUUUAAUUCAAGUGUUGCACGGUAAAUGAAUUUCUUCGAAAAUAAGCACACUCGUGAUUUGGUAACGCGUGGGUAAAGACCGGAAAUAAAUAAAGAUGCUCGUAGGCCCAGGAAAUAUGGAGGCUCGAGAAAUCUCACGGACAAAGUAAAGCGUUAAUGCGUGACGUAAAAUAUUCUGCCUGAAAUAAUUGGGACGGUUGGUAAUCUCUUCAAGGUCAUCGGUAAGGUAUCGUGGCCUCUGUUGAAUUGGGAUGUGAAGGGAGAGUCGAGGAUGAAGACGCAGGAGAGGGGGCGAGCAUCACAAAGAGUUUAGUUGCGCUUUGAUCCCUUCUUCGUGGCUCUCCCACCGUGUGUUUGUGUGUGUGUGUGUGUCGGUCGAAAUAAACGCGGAUGAAAGAAAGCCUUGAGGACUCUCGUAGCUGAGGCUACCGCGAUGGCUUCACCGGCAUAUAAAAACGACUCGCAGCCGCGAUUGCUUCUCCAUUUUUUGCCGGGAAAUCGGCUGGCGCUGUCGUCGCGCGGGUUUUUAUAUGCAACGAGCGUUAAGCGGAAGCGUGAGCGAUGAUAGAGACUCGUUGAGGCAAUAAUUAAAUAAUUAAAAAAUGGGUGUUACGGGUGGUGUAAAGGUCGUUGAAAAAACUGGAAUCUCAUUGGAGCGGUGUUUGUGUAUUGUUUGGAUAUUUGUGUCAAUCGCAUGGCGGGAAAGUCAACAAAGUUCGGUGAUAAUCGUUCGAGAUGAGAGCUGCGACCCUUGCUAUCGGAAGCUGCUGUCAGGAAAGCGGAUCUUGGAUAGCCACGUGAGGCGGAACGUGCCUUGCGAAAGAAUCGAGGAGUGUCACAGGGUCUGCGAGUACGAGAGUGCGUUCGUUUGCGAGGGUUUCAAUUAUGGUCUAAUGAGGCCGUUUGGUACCGCGUCCAGGCGUAUGGAAGCCGGCCCAAACUACGGGAGAUCGCCUGACGGAGAUACGAGACGCGGUUACAUGUGCCAAUUAACGUCAGUGUCAGACGGCAGGAUGGAUCCGCGUCGUGACUUCGUGGACGAUCCACGCUACGACUAUUACGCGAGAGAUUGGUCGUGUCCGGCAGGGAAAGUCCACAGGGAACGAGCCUACGGCGGAGGCCCGUCGAGUCAUUUGCCUGGCAGACGUCCGAGCGACCAAAGCGACUGGCGUCCGAUGUCGUUCCCCCCUUCUGCUGCCCCAGGUAGACCUUUCGAUCCGCCAGCGUACGGGGACAGCACGCGAUCUUAUUAUCCACCAGGAAGAUACGUUCCGACGAGGAAUCGGCCGGGGGAUUACGACCGUUACGCAAGCGACGAUCGCCAACGACCUUGGGGCUCUUAUUUGCCCCGGGGAACGCCGUUUCACAACGAAAUCGGCCAACAUCGUUACUACUACGGGGACCGGGAUUAUUACCCCAACAGGAGGGUGGACGAUCAACGGUUUUGGCCUCGCCAACCCGCUCCGGGUCCGAAUGACAUCGUUGAACCGAAUCACCCCCCUUACGGCCGCUCCUACGGGUACGGAACUCAUUAUUAUCCGUACCAAAGAUCCAAGGACCAUCCGGUGCCCGAUCCCUACGAGUAUUGGCCCAAGACACGUGGACCACCGCGAAAACCAACGAUCCUCGAGCCUCCGGAGCGCCAUUACGGAUCCAAUUACGGACCAGCUUACGGAUACCACUCCAGCGAAGCGCUGCCCGACGAUUCUUACCGGCCGACCUGGAAACCGCGCCACCGACAACCUUGGCUCGGAACCGAUCGCAAAGAUUGCUCGGUAAGGUCGUUAAUGGGCUUCAAGAUAACGAGGAAGAUCGUCGUGGCGAGUCACGCGACAGCGAACUUGGAAGAGUGCGAAAUGCUUUGUUCCGCUCGGACGGAUUGCUUCAGCUUCGCCUACAGGUAUUCCCUCGUGGCAACUGCGCCAACGGACAAUUGCCUGCUGAGCAACUUGCCCUUCGACAGGCUCAACUUCUACACGGACCUGGAGCCCGAGCGGGACUACGAUGUCUACGCGAUCGUCGGCGAUCCGAAAAGGUGUCAGGAGUCGAAAAAACCUGAUGACGCUCAGGUCGGACCGCACAGACGGUCCUCCGAAGAAUGUUUCUGGCGGGUCCAAAGUGGCUGUGGGAUGCCACCGAGUCUGACCCGGAAGAAAAUCCGGGCGGAGAACGGCCUCGGCGAGUGCCAAAUCGCCUGCAUCACUGCCCGCCACUUUACCUGCAGAAGCUUCGUCUUCAGAUACGAUUCCGAGGGAGAUCGAGACCCGAACUGCUUCCUGAGCGACUGUCCAACGACGGAAAUAAUCGCGGCGAUCGAGGCCGACACGAGUUUGAUCGUCCCAGGAAGGGACUUGGAACUCUACGAACGCGGGAGCUACGGUCGCGGCUGCGAGGCUUCGCCCUUCACGCCGAUCUACAAUUCCGCUAAUAUCGGAGACAAGAAGCGACCACCUGACCCAGGUCCGGGAGAUUGUUGGUCAGCCUAUCGAGCUGGUUGCAAGCUCGCUCCAUCCGCAGUUUCCUCCAUGAGUCGAGUCGACUCCGAGGUCGAAUGUCGUCGGCAGUGUUCCAGGAUGAGAUACAACCAGCACUCUCCGACCUGCAUGUCGUUCAGCUUCAGGCUCGGCGACGAGAAGCGCGGUGACAAUUGUUACUUGAGCGACGUUCCAAGGCGCGAUCUUCGACCCGGUUUGGACUACUCUUACGACGACGAUUACGUGACGUACGCCUGGAAAGAGCUGGAACCCCAAUGCUCCGCUCCCCCCGGACCCGGGUACGAUUACGCGCCCCCAAGCGGCGUCAAGUUCAACUACGACUCAGGGGCCGCCGACUAUCGUCCCGGCGAUCCACCGAACGCUCCCCCGCCUGCCCCGGGCCACGCUGGCCCAGGACUGUACACUUACAACACCCUGUUUUUGGGUGUACGACCCCUGGACUCCGGGCGACCGGAUGCCGCGACCCCGCCGGAGCAUCCAACGAGCACGUACCUGCCGAACGAUGAAACGAGCGGCGACGGAUUUCCUGGGCCCGAUUACACCGAUGGUAUUGGAAGCUUCAAUCGGCACUACACCGUCAACGGGUAUCCCUGCAAACGAGGCACAAAGUGCGAAGUCAAUAAAAUCGCUGGCUUCUGGUCCUGCGAGCCGGAGGGCUCGGAAUUCGGGUCUUGGGAUUAUUGCUGCGAGCCUAAUCACCACUGCGGAUUUUCCCAGGGCUACAAUUAUCCAUGGUGUUACGUGGGAGCUUCGGAAGAGCAGUGGCGACCGUGCAGUGAAAAAUAUUACCCUUAUUUACCGAGUCCACGACCAGCGAUCAACAGGUCACCGACUAGCGAUUAUUAUUUCAAUACUGGCAACGAUCGCAACGGGAAUCGUGGGUUUUACCGUUCCGAGGGAAGCGGAAGGAGCGAGGUUAAUUCUCGGAACUGUUGCGGAGCGCGUCACUGGCCAAUUGCGUUCCUGCACCCCGUUCCCCCGCCCAACACAACAGACUCGGUGGCGCUAGCCAACGACCGGCGCGACUCGAGCGAGCGGGAUGUAAACAAAACGGGAGAAAGCAGUGGCUCGACAACGCCGGGGCGAUUAGAUCGUGACAAAAACGCGUCUUCGACGACCGAAGAAACUGUCAAUUCCUCAAUUAUUCGUAUUCAGCCGUACAAAAGUCACUUGAAAAGACGCGGCUUGGUUUCUCCGAGUUCGACAACGAAUCGCACUAAAGCGUGGCACAAAAAAUUUCAUCGUAUUUCGAUAAGGCCUGCUAACAGCAACGGAAAUAUUUCACUCGAUACGACGAUCGCGAAUCACGAAAACGAAUUUCGCGUUAAUAAAAUUCACGACUUGGAUUCAUUUGACGUAAAUAAUAUAAACUUGACCAGUGUUCGAGACAAAUCAAGAUUCGCGAGAAUCGAACGUGUCACGAGAGCCAACAAGGUCGAACUCGAAACUCGACCGAAAGAAUCGAGUCGAGAAAAAAUUUGAUUGGCUUUAUAUAGCUUCAGUGAUUAUCGUUGCAUUUCGUUUUUUUAUUCUCUAGAACAGUUUGCCAGUUUUUGUCCUUCAUCUACCUCCGUGCCCCCGAAAAUAUCGAAAAUCAAUUAUUUUCAAUACUUCGUUUUAUCUUUGUAUAUAUUUUUAUGUGUUAUUAAAAAACGCACGAAAUAAUAAAAAUCGUUUCAUUCCAUUUUCGAAAGUUCUUUUUUCCGUACUAUUCAGAAAAUAAAGCGCAAAAUGUGGAACGGAGAACGAAAAAUUAUUCUCAGCAGUUUGACUCGAUCGAGAUUUUUAGGUUAUAACGACUUCGAAGAGUUCAGAGUUCCAAUCAAACCGUUGGAAAGAAAAAUGGACGAGAGUUGAAAACGAAAGUGCGGCAUUUUUCUAAAAAGUGGAACGGAAUAAUUUUAACCUUUUUUCUUAGAUUCUAAACUCAGUUUUCUCAACACAAAUGAAAAUCGAACUAAAAAAAUGCAUUGUUAUGAAGAACUGAUAAUUAUUGAAAAUAAGAUAAAAAAGGUAUUGAAAUCUUCGAAAAACGUGAAGCUUGCUUUCACUGCCCACGAUUGGCGUCUGUUUUUUUUUUUGUCGUCUUCGUCGCUCCGCCCCAUUGUUUUUCGGCGGUCAACAAAGUAGUACCUGCGAGAAGGUAAUAAAAGUUUCUGUUCCCCGGUGCAGGCUCGAAUCGAGGCGCCGGAUAAUCUACCUGCAAAUUCCUAG